CCACCCUACGCUGUGCUUCUUUUUUUAGGCAGAAUUUUUGCGUAAAUAAAUCGAUUAAGACUGUUGAAAUCUUUUGUAAUCGCGCCAGACAUGUCUCGUAAGAAGGCUGUCAAAGGCAAAGCUGCCACCAGUAGCCCGAGUGCGGGCAGCCCCACCGGUAAAGGCAACGGGAAAGCUGUGAAGAGCAGCCCGGCCAGCAUCGUUCAAGGGAACGGCGUGGUUCAUCCCAGCAGACCGUCCAUCAGCAACAGCAGCGAGUUUUAUGACAUCGCCUUCAAGGUGAUGCUAGUUGGAGACUCUGGUGUGGGAAAGACCUGCCUGCUGGUCCGUUUUAAAGAUGGAGCUUUCCUGGCAGGGAGCUUCAUCUCCACUGUGGGCAUCGACUUCAGGAAUAAAGUCCUCAACAUCGAUGGAGUCAAGGUGAAGCUCCAGAUCUGGGACACAGCUGGACAGGAGCGUUUCCGCAGUGUCACUCAUGCCUACUACCGUGACGCCCAUGCUCUCCUGCUGCUGUAUGAUGUCACCAAUAAAGCAUCUUUUGACAACAUACAGGCAUGGCUGACUGAGAUCCAUGAGUAUGCCCAGCAGGAUGUGGUCCUGAUGCUGCUGGGAAACAAGGCUGAUGCCUCUCAUGAGAGGGUGGUGAAGAGAGAGGAUGGCGAGAGGCUAGCGAAGGAGUUUGGAGUUCCCUACAUGGAGACAAGCGCCAAAUCAGGUCUCAAUGUAGAGCUGGCGUUCACUGCUGUGGCCAAGGAGCUGAAGCACAGGUCUAUGAAGGAUCCCAGUGAGAAGUUUAAGCUGCAGGAGUAUGUAAACAAGGAGAUGAAGGGCACCGGCUGCUGCAGGUCUUAA